AUGAACGAUACAUCAUUGAUUCAGGAUGAUAAGGAGGUCGCAAGAGAGUUGAUGGCUCAGAUAAAGCAGGACACGAGUACAAUUGCAUCUAGAAUUGAUACAACAGUUGGUGUGAAGAGCGAACAGAAGCUGUUGGUUGCAGAGCAUUUUUCUGAGACUGGACUUUCUGUGGACCUGCUGAGAGCGCUAUACAGACAAGGAUUUGAAAAGCCAAAUCCGAUACAGAAGUCUGCGAUUCCACAUAUUCUUAGCAAACACAACAUUGUUGUACAGAGUAAGAGUGGGACGGGGAAGACACUUGCAUACACAUGUGGGAUUCUUGGAAACAUAAUGGCGGGAAAAGAAGCACAGGCUAUUGUGAUAACGCCCACGAGAGAGUUGAGCACACAGACAGCAAAGGUAAUAUCACAGGUUGCACAGUAUCUCGGAGUGACAGUUUUUUUAGCACUGAAGGGCGAGAUAACAACUAGGGCAAUUAAUGAGGAGAUUAUUGUUGGAUGCCCUGGAAUGAUAUUGAGCCUGAUUCAGAAUAGAAAACUUGGAUACAAGGGAAUAAAGAUGGUUGUUCUUGAUGAAGCUGAUGCGCUUCUUGAUAUAACGUGUUCGAUGGGAGCACAAACAUAUCAGAUACUGAAGCUGAUAGCAGGAGCGCAGAUGAUAUUUUUUUCAGCAACGUACUCUGAGGAAAGAAAGCACACGAUUGACUUCUUUGCAUCUGAUGCAAUUAAGAUGUAUGAGGAGCGGAAUGGAAAGCCUGAAGGAAUCAAACUGUUUUAUAUAGAAGCUGAAGGGGAUAACAAGAGAAAGGCAUUGAAGUCGCUGUAUGAAUAUCUCUCAGUCAGUCAAAUGAUUAUUUUUGUGAACACGAAGGCAACUGUGAAUUAUCUGAGAAAGAAGUUGGAAGAUGAUCUGCAUUCUGUUUCAUGCCUACAUGGAGACUUGGAAAAAGAAGAGCGAGAUAAGGCAGUUGAUGAGUUUAAUAAAUCGAACACCAAGAUUCUGCUGACCACGGAUGUCUUUUCAAGAGGCAUGGACAUUCCGCAAGUGAACCUGAUUGUGAACUAUGAUCUUCCGAUAUACAAGGGAGUUGCAUCCACACAGACAUACAUCCACCGGAUAGGACGAUCUGGAAGAUUUGGAAGAAUGGGAUUUGUUGUUGACUUUGUAAAGGGAGACGAGUGUGAGGCAUAUCUAGGGUUCCAGAACGAACUGAAAUUUGCAUCGAAGAAGUUUACAAUUAGGGCGCUUGAGGAGGUAGCAGAGGAGAUGGUAUAG